AUUAAGGACGCGGGCAGGAGGGGCGCGAGUUGUGUGCGCGCUGCGGGCGGGAGGCUCUCACCCAGGCCGGCGGGCGUGCGGGAGCCGGGCAGCGGGAGCCGGGCAGCGGGAGCCGGGCAGCGGGAGCCGGGCAGCGGGAGCCGGGCGUGAGGGAGCCGGGCAGCGGGAGCCGGGCUGCGGAGCAUCGGCGGAGGAUCUGCUCGCUCGGAGCGCGCCAUGGAGCUGCGGGGACCCCGCGCUUGCCUCGCCCUGCUGUGGGGCUGCGUGCUGGCCGCCCGCACCGCGGCGCAGGGCAAGGAAGUUGUGCUGUUGGACUUCGCUGCAGCUAAAGGAGAACUCGGCUGGCUCACGAGCCCGUACGGCAAAGGGUGGGACCUGUUGCAGAACAUCAUGGACGACGCGCCCAUCUACAUGUACUCCGUGUGCAACGUGGUGGCGGGCGACCAGGACAACUGGCUGCGCACCAACUGGGUGUACCGCGGCGAGGCCGAGCGCAUCUUCAUCGAGCUCAAGUUCACCGUGCGCGACUGCAACAGCUUCCCCGGCGGCGCCAGCUCCUGCAAGGAGACCUUCAACCUCUACUACGCCGAGUCGGAUGUGGACUACGGGACCAACUUCCAGAAGCGCCAGUUCAGCAAGAUCGACACCAUCGCGCCCGACGAGAUCACGGUCAGCAGCGACUUCGAGGCGCGCAACGUGAAGCUGAAUGUGGAGGAGCGCUCGGUGGGGCCCCUCAGCCGCAAGGGCUUCUACCUGGCCUUCCAGGACAUCGGGGCCUGCGUGGCGCUGCUGUCUGUGCGCGUCUACUACAAGAAGUGCCCCGAGCUGCUGCAGGGCCUGGCCCGCUUCCCCGAGACCAUCGCGGGCUCCGACGCGCCCUCCCUGGCCACCGUGGCCGGCUUGUGCGUGGACCACGCCGUGGUGCCGCCUGGGGGUGAGGAGCCCCGCAUGCACUGUGCGGUGGACGGCGAGUGGUUGGUGCCCAUCGGUCAGUGCUUCUGCCAGGCAGGCUACGAGAAGGUGGAGGACGCCUGCCAGGCCUGUGCCUCUGGGUUCUUCAAGUAUGAGGUGUCCGAGAGCCCGUGCUCAGAGUGCCCUGCGCACACCCUGCCGUCUGAGGAGGGGGCUGCCCACUGCGAGUGUGAAGAAGGUUAUUUCCGGGCACCGCAGGACCUGCUCUCCCUGCCUUGCACGCGUCCACCCUCUGCCCCGCACUACCUCACGGCCGUGGGCAUGGGAGCCAAAGUGGAGUUGCGCUGGACGCCCCCCAAGGACAACGGGGGCCGAGAGGACAUCACAUACAGCGUGACCUGUGAGCAGUGCUGGCCCGAGUCGGGCGAGUGUGGGCCCUGCGAGGCCAGUGUGCGCUAUUCCGAACCCCCGCACGGGCUGACCCGCACCAGCGUGACAGUCAGUGACCUGGAGCCACAUAUGAACUACACCUUUGCCGUGGAGGCCCGCAAUGGGGUCUCAGGCCUGGUGGCCAGCCGGAGCUUCCGCACCGCCAGCGUCAGCAUCAACCAGACAGAGCCUCCCAAGGUGAAGCUCGAAGGCCGCAGCACCACCUCACUGAGCGUGUCCUGGAGCAUCCCUGCGCCGCAGCAGAGCCGUGUGUGGAAGUACGAGGUCACCUACCGCAAGAAGGGAGACUCCAACAGCUACAACGUACGCCGAACCGAAGGCUUCUCCGUGACCCUAGAUGACCUUAGCCCGGAUACUGUCUACCUGGUUCAGGUGCAGGCUCUGACCCAGGAGGGCCAGGGUGCUGGCAGCAAAGAGCACGAAUUCCAGACACUGUCUACAGAAAGUUCUGGCAACAUGGCGUUGAUUGGCGGUGUUGCUGUCGGCGCCAUCAUGCUCCUGCUGCUGGCCGGAGUUGGCUUCUUCAUCCACCGCAGGAGGAAGAGCCUGCGAGCGCGCCAGUCUUCGGAAGAUGUCUACUUCUCCAAGUCAGAGCAACUCAAACCCCUGAAGACAUACGUGGACCCCCACACAUACGAGGACCCCAACCAGGCUGUGCUAAAGUUCACCACCGAGAUCCAUCCGUCCUGUGUCACCCGACAGAAGGUGAUCGGAGCAGGUGAGUUUGGAGAGGUGUAUAAGGGCACGCUGAAGGCGUCGGGGAAGAAGGAGGUACCGGUGGCCAUCAAGACCCUGAAAGCCGGCUACACGGACAAGCAGCGGGUGGACUUCCUCAGUGAGGCCAGCAUCAUGGGCCAGUUCAGCCACCACAACAUUAUCCGCUUGGAGGGCGUCGUCUCCAAAUACAAGCCCAUGAUGAUCAUCACUGAGUACAUGGAGAACGGAGCUCUAGACAAGUUCCUUCGGGAGAAUGACGGGGAGUUCAGCGUGCUGCAGCUGGUGGGCAUGUUGAGGGGCAUCGCGGCGGGCAUGAAGUACCUGGCCAACAUGAACUACGUGCACCGAGACCUGGCCGCCCGGAACAUCCUGGUCAACAGCAACCUAGUCUGCAAGGUGUCCGACUUCGGUCUGUCCCGAGUGCUGGAGGACGACCCCGAGGCCACCUACACCACCAGCGGGGGCAAGAUCCCCAUCCGCUGGACGGCCCCCGAGGCCAUUUCCUACCGCAAGUUCACUUCAGCCAGCGACGUGUGGAGCUACGGCAUUGUCAUGUGGGAGGUGAUGUCCUACGGGGAACGGCCCUACUGGGAGCUGUCGAACCACGAGGUGAUGAAGGCUAUCAACGACGGUUUCCGGCUCCCCACACCCAUGGACUGCCCGUCGGCCGUCUAUCAGCUCAUGAUGCAGUGCUGGCAGCAGGAACGUGCACGCCGCCCCAAAUUCACCGACAUUGUCAGCAUCCUGGACAAGCUCAUCCGGGCCCCUGACUCCCUCAAGACCUUGGCUGACUUUGAUCCCCGGGUGUCCAUCCGACUGCCCAGCACCAGCGGCUCGGAGGGUGUGCCCUUCCGCACCGUAUCUGAGUGGCUGGAGUCCAUCAAGAUGCAGCAGUACACAGAGCACUUCCUGGCAGCUGGCUACACGGCCAUCGAGAAGGUGGUGCAGAUGACCAACGAUGACAUCAAGAGGAUUGGGGUGCGGCUGCCUGGCCACCAGAAACGCAUUGCCUACAGCCUGCUGGGACUCAAGGACCAAGUGAACACAGUGGGGAUCCCCAUCUGAGCCUGGACAGGACUUGGCGCUCCCCCUCCCCCCGGGGCCAAGAAUACUUGAAGAAGCACAAUGGCUUCCCUGACAGUUCUGUGCUGGGCCACCAGGGACCUUAUUUAUUUCUGUUGUCCUUCUUGAGGCCACUCUGAGGCCUGUGCUGUUGUGGUAAGGAGUGUCUUGGGUGACACUUUUGACCUGAACUGAGAUGCUCAGGGACCCUGGGCCGGGGGGAGGGGGCCAACGUUCUUCACUUCCAAAAAAGUCAGCCAAGCACUUAGCAGGUGCUGCCAUGUUACCAGCAUUCCCUGGGGCGGGAAUCUCACCGAGAGCUUCUGAGAUCCACGUCCAACAUUUCCAAACUGAUCCCGUCAACUGACCCCUGCGGGCAAAGGAAGGGUGCAGCUGUGGCCGUGUGAACAGGAUGCCUCAAGCCCUGCUCACUGUCAGCGCAGCUGAGCAAGGCCCCAGAUGGUUCCCCCUGCCCCUCCAGUGCCUUCACAGGACCCCCAGGCCCUGUCCUCAGCCUCCCACAGGCCAACGUAUGCUUCCCUAGGACCCUUGAAGGAUGUUUGGCUGUGCUGAGGUGUUGUGUUGUUUUUUUCUUUUAAUAUAUAUUUUAUACUCUGUGGAGAGAAUGUGUGUGUGGCAGGGUCCUGGUGGCCAGGGCCAGGGUCAGAGGGCCUGUGUCAGACAUUCCCAGGCUGGGGGCUGGUGCUGGCAGGAUUGUCCUGUUUGUCCCCCAGUCCAUCCCAUCUCUGACCCUUUUAGAAGACACUCAUUUCUCUUGUCAGUGUUAAUGACUUUGUUUUGUUGCUCUCUUUUUUUUUCUUGGAACCUUAAUUUAUUAUUAUUUUUUUUAUAUUUAUUGUUAGGAAAUGACUUAUUUCUGCUCGAAAAUAAAGUUGCAGAUGGUUCAAACUGA